UACGGCAUUCCUUAAAGGCAGUUACCUUCCUUACCCCGGCUCUCCGAAACCGCAAAAGCUAAAAAGCAAAGCCUCAAACAGGGAGAAAGGAAAGAGAGAGAGAAGCGAUGGAGAAGGAAAGAGAGCAGCAAGUUUACUUGGCGAGACUCGCUGAGCAAGCUGAAAGAUAUGACGAAAUGGUCGAGGCCAUGAAGAGGGUUGCAAUGUUGGAUGUUGAACUGACUGUGGAGGAGAGGAAUCUGGUAUCUGUGGGAUAUAAGAAUGUGAUUGGAGCAAGAAGGGCAUCAUGGCGGAUACUGUCUUCAAUUGAACAGAAGGAGGAGGCCAAGGGUAAUGAGCAAAAUGUGAAGAGGAUAAAAGAGUACAGGCAGAGGGUUGAAGAUGAGCUUUCAAAGAUCUGCAAUGAUAUACUAUCUGUUAUUGAUAAGCACCUCAUCCCAUCUUCCUCAACUGGGGAAUCAACAGUUUUUUACUAUAAGAUGAAAGGAGAUUAUUUUCGUUAUUUGGCAGAAUUUAAAGCAACUGAUGAUCGUAAAGAUGCCGCUGAUCAGUCACUUAAGGCUUAUGAGGCUGCCACCUCCACUGCAACCACAGAUUUACCUCCAACUCACCCUAUUAGACUGGGCCUGGCUUUGAACUUCUCUGUUUUCUACUAUGAGAUAUUAAAUUCUCCUGAGAGGGCAUGUCACCUGGCUAAACAAGCAUUUGAUGAGGCUAUUGCAGAACUUGAUAGCCUUAAUGAAGAAUCUUACAAGGAUAGCACCCUUAUUAUGCAGCUUCUCAGGGAUAAUCUCACCUUAUGGACCUCAGAUCUGCCAGAGGAAGGAGGUGACCAAACCAAAGGAGAUGAACCUCAGGCAGAGAGCUAAUUGGAUGGAAGAGUAUUCUUUUAAGACUGGGCUUGUCGAGGUAGAAAGGGCUUGCUGCUAGAGUGACCUGCUUUCAACUCAUAAUAGUAGUACAAGGAUUCGUGACCUAUGGCUUGUAUCAAUUUGUUGGUCAGAUGUUUUCCAGACUGUUGCUCUGUUCUCUUCUGUUUAAACAUAAUUGAAUCUGUUACUUUGUAGUCUUAUGACCUCUAUUUUCUAAUGUGUUUCUAUUUUUUUGCUUAACUAGCUUCUUUUUCAGUCUGUUGCUACCUGAUGUGUGAUUAACUUUAGACUUUGCUCAUUUUGCUCGUUCUUCAUUUUAUGAUCACACUUGUGCUUUCCA